AUGAAGCCCUCAGGAAUAACCCUCCCACGCAUAGUGGUCUCAUCACCCUACAUCUGCCAAUCCUGCCAAUUCCUUUCCAUCCGUGGACGCCGUACCUCCAUUCCCAAAUCAGCACGCUUCGCCUCUACCUCAGCACCCACCAGAAACCCACCAUCUCCCCCCUCCGCUGGAUACGCAUCCCUCCCCUCAAGGCGACUCGUAUCCGUCUCCGGCCCCGACUCAACACAUUUCCUCCAAGGAGUUAUAACAGCGAAUAUAUCUCCCGGUACGCCGUACAAGUCGGGGUUCUACGCCGCAUUCCUCAAUGCGCAGAGCCGGAUACUGAAUGAUGUGAUUAUCUAUCCUGAUGGAAAGGGUGCGGAUAGUUGGUUGAUUGAAGUCGAUGCAAAGGAAGUGGAGAGGUUUGCGAAGCAUAUCAAGAGGUUUAAGCUGAGGGCGAAGUUUGACGUUAGGGUAAUUCCGGAAGGAGAGCAAAGUGUGUGGAGUUUAUGGGGGGCCGGCAUGGGGCUAGAUGGGGAUAACUUGAAGGAAGGUUUUGUGGGAUAUGUGGAUACGAGGGCUCCAGACAUGGGGACAAGGCUUAUCUUACCUGCUGGCAAAGCCCCGGAGGUUGAUGUGCAACAGUGUGAUGAAAGUGUUUAUCGGGUGAGGAGGUACUUGAUGGGUGUUGCCGAGGGCCAGGACGAGCUGAUCCGCGAAUCAGCGUUGCCACAGGAGAGCAAUAUUGACUAUAUGGGCGGUAUCGAUUACAGGAAGGGCUGCUACGUGGGGCAAGAGUUGACAAUCAGAACGCAUCAUACCGGGGUCGUCAGGAAGAGGAUCCUGCCCGUUAUGCUGUACGGGAUGGACCAGGAGAUGCCCAAGGCACUGGUGUAUGAUCCCGACGUUGAUUUGGGCGUGGAAGGAAUUGCAAGGGAAACCAAUAUUGCCAGGUUUAAUCAGAGGGGUAGGAGUGCGGGGAAGUGGUUGACUGGUGUGGGGAAUAUUGGGUUGGGCCUCUGUCGAUUGGAGACUAUGACGGACGUUCACGUCCAGGGAGAGGCUGGUGGAUAUAAAGAGGGUAAUGAGUUUAAGUUGGAAUGGGUUCCUGAGGGUGGAGAUACGCAGAACGUCAAAAUCAAGGCGUUUGUUCCUUCUUGGCAUCUUAACAGGAAAUAA